AUGGAGGCCAGCGAGGACUGGCUCGUGAAGUCCCUGCGCUUGUACGGGGAUUUCCAUGCAUUUGACCUCUCAGGAGCCACUCGAGUCCUUGAAUGGAUUGAUGACAAAGGAGUCUUUGUUGCUGGCUAUGAAAGCCUGAAAAAAAAUGAGAUUCUUCAUCUGAUAUUACCUCUCAGACUUUCUGUGAAGGAGAACCAGGGCUUGUUCCCAGAAAGAGAUUUCAAGGUGUGCCAUGGAGGAUUUUCAGACAAACCUGUCUUUGAUCUAAAGCAUGUGCCAGAGACCAGGUUGCUGGUUACCAGUGGCCGUCCAGGUUGUUCCCUGCAGGUAUGGCAGAUCGCAGAGGACAGUGAUGUCAUUAAAGCUGUCAGUACCAUUGCUGUGCAUGAGGAGGAGGGGAGCCUCUGGCCGAGGAUGGCUGUCUUCUUUUCAGUGGCUCCUGAAGUCCUCCACGGGACAAGGCUCAGCAGUCUGAGAAUUACAGACCUAGAAUCCCAGAAGACCACGUACACCUCAGGUGUUGGUGACAGUGAGGUGCUGAGUAGCCUGCAGGUCCUAGGUGCAGACACCUUUGCCUUCUGCUGUACCUCAGGCCGGCUGGGCCUUGUUGACAUCCGCCAGAAGUGGGCACCAUCUGAGAACCUUGGCUCCGGCCCCAGGUCUGGUGGAGGGAGGUGGUGUGCAGAAGUCAGGGGCAUGGGCCAGUACCCUGGGCCCAGCAUUGCCAGCCUUGGCUCAAAUGGGCAGCUCUGUCUCCUCGACCCCCGGGAUCUCUGCCACCCUGUGAGCUCAGUCCAGUGCCCAGUGUCCACACCUAGCCCUGACUCAGAGCUGCUGCGAGUGACAUGGGCCCCCAUCCUGGACAACUGCUUAGCCAUUUCAGGUUUUGAUGGAACAGUCCAGAUCUAUGAUGUCACGUCUUGGAGUGGAGUGGGGAGCCAAGUAGAACCUCUCUUCACUCACAGAGGUCACAUCUUCCUAGAUGCAAAUGAGCUGGACACUGCUCCACUGGUCACUACCCACACCUGGCACCCCUGCAAACCAAGGACUUUGCUGUCAGCAGCAAAUGAUGCCUCUCUGCAUGUGUGGGACUGGGUGGACCUCCGUGCCUCCUGCUAAGACCAGCAUCUUUGCCCAGGCUCCUAGGAAGAUAAGGAGCUGCUGUAGUGGCAAGGGUACCAAUUCAGGACUCAGUGACCAGAUGUCCCUGUUACCAGCUGUGUGGCCUUGAGCAAGUCACCCAGCCUCUCUGAGCCCCCGUUUCCUUACCUGUAAAACGAGGAUAGUAAUAACUACCUUGUAGGUUGUUGGGAGGGUUAGAAAUAAUGUAUUAAAAAAUACCUGGCAGAAAGCUGGAUGUUCAGUUACAGGUGAUUUAAUUUCUAUUUGUGGGAAUUUUGAAACAGAAAUCAUUGUCUUAUCUGGUUAGCCCUUGACUAACUCAACAGCAUAUCUUCAGGAAAAUACCUUGUUUGUAGUGCUAUAUCCCAAUACUGGUUAGUUUCACUCUUGAAAUGAUUUAUUUCACAUAAUUUUUAUGAAUGUUAUGA